AUGUCUCCGUUGAAACAUUGUGACGAUGAGCCACCUUCGGAAGGAUUACACAAAGCCUUUGGAAAUGACCAACAAUUCACGCAAAAGGCCAGGACAGAUCGCGGAUCUCUGACAACGUUAUCCAAGACACGAAAUUAUCAGAGUCGGAGAAGUGGUGGUUAUCCAAAAGAACCCAUACGGCUCGUGAUACUUGGUUCAGAUGUUUGUACCAAUGAUAGUGAAGCUGAAGAACUCGCAGAAGACUUGCUUGCAAUCGUCACAGUGUUUGUGGCACGACAUAAUGAACUACGUUCUGCUGCCAAUCGCAGGAGAAGAGAUACCACCCAAGAGAUUCAAGAAGGAAGUGAAGAAACUUCCAGCAGGCAAGGUACAACGCAUUUGCCUUUAUCCCAUCCAGCAGGAGUGGCUGAAACUCAGAAAAUGGAUGAGAACAGCACGAUGAGCAUACAAUUAAUGCCUUACCAUGGUUGA